AUGAACAAUUUAAAUUAAAAAAAUUGUAUUCAUCACAAUAGAGAAUUGACAUAUUUUUGUGAAUCUUGUGAAGAACCAAUUUGCAAGCUUUGUACUACUUUAGGCCCUCAUAAUUAUAAUGUAAGUAGAGAUUAAGGAAUUAAAUUAGUUACAUCGAAUAAAUUCAUUGCAAGAAGCAUUUAAAAUGAGAGUUGAACAUAUAAAAUAAGAAAUAUUACACAACAUUUUGCCAAAGAGAGAUGAAAUAUUUGCUUAAAUAAAUAGAAUUGAAUACAGAAUUUAAGAAAUAAAAUAUGUUAAAAAUAUUAUUGAGCGAGAUUGCAGAGCUGAAAUGAAUGGAAUAGAGGAUCGUUUAAGUUAAGCUGAAUCGAUGAAAUAAACAAUUUUAUAACAUUAAAUAUAAGUGAUUUAAUCGUAAGUAUUGUUAAAUACCAUAUUUUAGAGAUUUGGAUGAAAUGAAUGAUUUAGCAAUACAAUUUUUUAAUUUGACUAAAAAAAAUGAUUAUCUUGAAUUUUUAUUUGAUAGUUAAAGUCUAUUAGAUAGAAUAGAAUUUUUGAUUGCAAAACCUUAUAAUAAAGGAAUAGAUGAAAUACCAGAUGAUUUACCUAGAGAAUUAACUGAUUUAAGAUUACUUUUAGGAAAGAUGGAAGGUUAAUAAGAAAUGCUUGAGAUUUUAAAUGAAAUUAUAUGGAGAAUGAUAAAUGAAAGAAAACAUGAAGAAGAAUUAUCAUUAUAAAUAUUAAAAAGACAUUCUGAGAAUGAAAUAAAAGAAUGGUAAAAGUUGGUUGAAUUCUUUACUGAAUAAUUAAAAGAAUCAGAAAUGAUUUGUUAUUUUUGUAAUGAACCAUUAAAUAUACAGACAAUAAAUAAAAGUUGUAAAAAAAAUAAAGAUCAUACACCAGAAAAUUGUAUUAAAAAUAAAGUUUAUUUAAGUUGUUGGAUAUACAAUAGAGAAACCUACAGAUUAAUAAAUAGGAACAAAGAGACAUUUUUAUGGUCAUGCUCUAUUAUAAGCAAAAAUGCCAAAAUUAUAAGAAGAAACAAAAAAAUUGCCUAGCGCUGUUAUUAUUGAAGGAAUAAUGUCAAAAAUAAAAGUUAGAAUGCAAGAUAAAGAAAUUAAUUUAAUGGGAAUAUUUUAAGAGCAUGAUAAUGAUAAGAAUGGUAGAUGUUAUAAAUAAUAAUUUUAGGUUUUGUAAAUGAGAUUAUAUUCAAUUAUAUAAUGUAAGAACAUUUAUAGUUAAUUGAUGAGGAAAUAGAAAAUAUUGUUAUGUUUAUGGAUUGCAAAAGUGAUAUUAAUUACAAUAUUCUUUUUAAUAUGUUAAAAAGCACAAAUUUGAUUUAAUAAAUGGAGAGCGAUUUAGUCCAAAAAUAUAGACCACCAAAAAGUAAAAAAAGAACGCCAUCCUAAAAUUGA